GGCUACCGCCAAAUUUAUUUCUUCCUUUUUAUUUAUUUAUUUAUUUACAUUUCCAGUAACGGAAUCUUAAUUCAAUUUUCUUUCCUUUUUGGCCAGAUCUUUCAAUCAAGUCUCUACACGUGUCCCUUGAUCUUCCCUCUGUACACGUGUGGUUCAGCUAGUGGAAGACCCAUCGCCAGUGUGUUAAUUUCGCCCACAUGGGAAAAUAUCUGGACUUUCGUGAUCCGACGGCUAUUGCGUGGAGUUUUCUUCGCUCUAUGAAUUUGCAGCGUUGGAUUAGCUGGUUUAUCAUUUGCCGUCUGAUCGAAUUAAGUGGAUGAAUCUCACCGUUGAAUAUUUGGAAAAAAAUUGAAAUUCAAAAUCUCGAGAGGGAGAGAAACGAACAACGUAAGCCUUCUUGCUCGUCUUCUUGUUCUGUCUAUCCGUACUGUAUACAAAUCAUUAUUGCAUAGCCCUAGGCGGGUCUCCUUUAGUUUACCUUCUCUUUGGCUAUCUUCGAGUAUCGAAAUUCUUGUGAUUUUAGGUAAUAGAAGCCAGCUUUGGCGUCUAAGUUUUUUCAGUUUCGAAAUUGCGCGUUUUUGUGCAUGAUCUUUACUGCCGUUGUUGGACUGGGAUUCGCGCCGGAAAUUAGGAAGGUUGGGUUGAUUUUCUCGAGUUUGAAUUGUUGGUUUUGAAUAUGCGGAUUGAGGAAGUUUUGGAAAGGAUUUGAAAAUUGGUUGUUAGAGGUUUGAUACUUGAAAUUCAAAUUUAAUGGGUGAAGUAGGGAAUCGGGAGACGGAUAAUUUACCCCCGCCAAAUGCUCAAACUAAUAGUGCGGAAGUCGUUUCAUCUGAUGUUCCUGCUAAGAAACUAGCUAGGCAGCUGAAUUUUACGGGGCUUGGUGGUGCAGUCUUGCCAGACCACCCUCAUUUUCAUUCUCAGCCUCGGUCUCAAUCAGACUCACAGGGCCUGAUGGUGGUGCAGAGUCAGUCGCAGCCAAAGUCCCCACAACAUUUGAUGGUUUCGCCCAUUGGAACACAAGCGCCUCAUCCUGUGAGAAAGCCAGAUUCUCCGAAGUCAAGAUCGAGGUCUAAUGUUGAAACAAAAGAUGCUACUCCAAAGAAACAAAAACAGUGCAACUGCAAACACUCACGCUGCUUAAAGCUGUAUUGCGAGUGCUUUGCAUCUGGAAUAUACUGUGAUGGUUGCAAUUGCACAAAUUGCUAUAACAAUGUGGAGAAUGAAGCUUUCAGGAGAGAAGCAGUUGAAACUACUUUAGAACGUAAUCCAAAUGCAUUCCGACCAAAAAUUGCUAGCAGCCCACAUGGAACACGAGAGAUCAGGGAUGAGGUUGGAGAGGUGGUAAUGCUGGGAAAGCACAACAAAGGAUGCCAUUGCAAGAAAUCAGGUUGCUUAAAGAAGUAUUGUGAGUGUUUUCAGGCCAAUAUUCUCUGCUCUGAAAACUGUAAGUGCAUGGACUGCAAGAAUUUUGAAGGCAGUGAAGAGAGACAAGCUCUUUUCCAUGGUGAUCAUGUCAGCAACAUGGCUUAUAUUCAGCAGGCAGCAAAUGCGGCAAUAACUGGAGCUAUUGGAUCGUCUGGUUAUGCUUACCUUCCCACUUCAAAGAAAAGAAAAGUCCCAGAGCUAUGCUUUGCCUCUGUAGGGAAGGAUCCCCCCCUCAACAGCAUUCCAGAAUUUCAUCAGGUGAAUAAUUUAAUGUCUUCAGGCACGUCUACAUCAUCUCCCCUCCCAGUUGCUCAUGCUGGCAGCCCUGCAGCACCGGGGACUUCAAAAUUUUCAUUCAGGUCCCUAUUAGCUGACCUCGUCCAGCCACACGACUUGAAGGAGCUUUGCUCAGUUUUAGUGGUGUUGUCAAGUGAAGUUGCCAAGAACAUAGCAGAAAAAAGAAUUGCUGAGGAGCAGAUAAAUGAUCCACUACAGAUUUCCCGUGUUUCAUCAGCUGGAGAUGGUUCACAGCAUGAGAAGGCAGAUGAGAAAGCUGUCGAUGGUGGGUGUGGAAGUUUAAACCAAAGUGAGAGGCUUGUACAUGAUAAUCAUUCAGAUAGUUCAGAUAUGACAAAAUCAAGGCCAAUGUCCCCAGGAACCUUAGCUUUAAUGUGUGACGAACGAGAUACAAUGUUCAUGGGAGCUGCUCCAGCUGAUCGUUUGGCAGGGCAUGGUUGCAACACAUCAUCGCAUGUGCCUGAUAAGUCUGUGUCAGAAGUCUACAUAGAGCAGGAACGGAUCGUGUUGACAAAGUUUCGAGAUUGUCUUAAUAAACUCAUCACUCUUGGAGAGAUUAAGGAAACAAACUUCACGUCUAGAAGCGAAGAGAAGAACGAAAAUCAAAGCAACAAUUUCACAACAAAUAGCAGAUGUGAACAGGGAACUAUCGACAAUGGGGUCAUAAAAAAUGUCGCUCUCUCGGCACCCAUAAUACCGCAAGUCGGUAACUCAGCUGGUCGCCCUAGUAAUGAUCUGCUACCCAGAAUUCUACCCCUUCCUGAAAAUGGGAAGAGUAAACCAGAAGUUGACAGAGAAGUGUAGAAAAACCCCAAGAAAGUAACUGGCCUGUUGUUCCAUCUGUGUAGUUACAGUCCAUUGUUCAUUCAGGUUUGCUUCCUGAAACUGGUCUGUUCAAGUUUGCUGUGGUGAUCUCAUUUCAAUAUGUAUUAUUCGUUUUUAUAGUUUCAUCAGAAUUUGAGGCCAAUUUUGUGUCCCAAUCGUAGAUAGAGAUCUUGUAAUUGCUAAUCAUUGUAAGAGAUAGAUACAAAGAGCAAUAAUCCAUCCCAUUUGAUGACCAAUGAAAUAAAAUAUUAACAUCAUUAUGCAUUUUUAUUCA